UACCAUAAUUCACCUCUCUUUUCUUCUAUAAAUACCAUAACCCCUUUCCUUUCCAAUUCAAGAAUCCAUAGCCAAAAAAACCAAGAAAACAAAGAGCCAAUUACAAGAAGAAUAAACACAAAGAAAUUAAGAGAGAAAUGGAAUACACUUGCAAGGAUUUUAAGGUGGGCAAAUGUGAAGGAGAAAAAUUGGUAGAUGGUGAAACUAUGCCAUUAGUUCUAAACCCUAUUGAACCAAACAAGAAUGACAUCAAAUCAUUGCUUGAAGCUUUGGACAAUAACAAGGAAUGGUUUGAUAAUAUGAUCACAAAAAAUAGUGCUGUUCUUCUAAGAGGAUUUGAUGUGCAAAAUGCACAAAAUUUCAAUGACAUUAUUGAAACUUUUGGUUGGGAAGAUAUUAGAUAUGUUGGACCAGCACCAAGGACACAUAUUUACAAGAGAGUAUGGACUGCUAAUGAAGGACCUCUUUCUGAAUUCAUAUAUUAUCAUCAUGAAAUGGUCCUUAUAAAGGAAUUCCCAAAGAAAGUGAUACUGUACUGUGAAAUACCACCACCAGAAGGUGGGGAAACACCCUUUGUUCCAAGUUUUAGAGUAACAGAAAGAAUGAUAGAGGAAUUCCCAGAAGCUGUUGAAGAAAUAGAAAAGAAAGGACUGAAAUAUACAUUCAGUGCUCCAAGUAAGAAUGACGAAGGUUCCAUGAGAGGCAGAGGCUGGGAGGAUACUUUUGGUACUUCUGAUCCUGCUGAAGCUGAAAGAAGGGCUAAAGCACUUGGAAUGGAGAUGGAAUGGCUACCCAAUGGUGGUGUAAAGGCGAUCUUGGGACCAAGAUAUUUAACAAAGGUGUUUGAUGGGAGAAAAGGAAGAAGAAUGUGGUUCAACACAUUGGUUGGCAUGUAUGGUAAAGAUAUAAGCUCAGCCAUGAUGUUUGAUGGAACUGAAAUACCAAAGGAAAUAGUAAAAAAAUGUGAAGAGAUAAUUGAAGAAGAAAGCAUACAAUUCAAAUGGCAAAAGAAUGAUGUUCUCUUCCUUGAUAACUUAGCUACACUUCAUGGUAGAAGGCCUUCUCUUCCACCUAGGAAGGUCCUUGUUGCUACUUGCAAGUAAAUUAAAUUUCUGAGCUGAGCUGAGAAGAGAAGAGAAUUUUCACGUGUUCAGCUCAUGAAAAAUAAUCGGGAUGGUUUCUACGCGAGGAGGCGUGUCGAAAAAUAAGUUAAUCAUUUUAAGUUGGUAUUAUUAGAGUAUGAAAAUAAGGGAAGUAGAGACUUUGGAGAUGUAUCAUUUUGCUACAUCACCAGAUUCUUCCUAGAGUUUUAUGUAUUAUCAAGCUUUUGUUUGUGAGUUUGAAAUAAAAUGUACUAGUAGAAUUUCGUAAUAAAUGUAAUUUGGAGAUGUACCGUUAUGUU